AUGCAGUCAAUGAACCGUCCAACUUUCCUGGCUAUUAAGAACCAUUCCCCAGAGAAACCGGUCAUUGUCUUCGUUGCUUCUCGUCGCCAGACGCGUCUGACUGCCAAGGAUCUGAUCAACUACUGUGGUAUGGAAGACAACCCUCGCCGAUUCGUGCGGAUGUCCGAGGACGAUCUGGAACUCAACCUCGCACGCGUCAAGGAUGAUGCGCUGAGGGAAGCUCUCAACUUCGGCAUCGGUCUGCACCAUGCUGGUUUGGUCGAAUCUGAUCGCCAAUUGGCAGAGGAACUAUUCGCGAACAACAAGAUCCAAAUCCUCGUUGCCACCAGUACCCUUGCGUGGGGUGUCAACCUUCCCGCCCAUCUUGUGGUGGUCAAGGGUACACAGUUCUUCGAUGCUAAGAUUGAAGGUUACCGUGAUAUGGACUUGACUGAUGUGCUUCAAAUGCUCGGUCGUGCCGGUCGUCCACAGUUCGACACAUCUGGUAUCGCUCGCAUCUUCACCCAGGAUUCCAAGAAAGCUUUCUACAAGCAUUUCCUUCACACUGGUUUCCCAGUUGAGUCGACUUUGCACAAGGUCCUAGAUAACCAUCUUGGCGCCGAAGUCUCUGCUGGCACGAUUGCUACGCAACAAGAUGCGUUGGACUACUUGACUUGGACAUUCUUCUUCCGCAGACUGCACAAGAACCCAUCUUACUAUGGUCUGGAAAUUUCCGCCGAGGAACAAAACACCAUGGCGGCUCAGACUAUCGCUCAAGACUUCAUGGUUGAAUUGGUCGGUAAAUCGCUCAACGAUCUCGCGGAAUCCUCUUGUGUUCUUGUCGACUCUGCGACAGGAGAAGUCGAUCCCACUCCGUUCGGCAAGAUCAUGAGCUAUUACUACUUGUCCCAUAAAACGAUCAGGUACCUCAUGGCCCACGCUAAGCGUGAACCGACCUUCCAGGAUGUGUUGAGUUGGAUGUGUUCUGCCACUGAGUUCGACGAGCUCCCUGUCCGACACAAUGAAGAUCUUAUCAACGCGGAAUUGGCACAAAACCUGCCUCUCUCUAUUGAUUGUAUGGGCGAUUUGCCCUUGUGGGAUCCACACACCAAGGCUUUCCUUCUACUCCAGGCUUACAUGUCGCGCAUCGAUCUUCCCAUUACAGAUUAUGUGGGAGACCAAACGUCGGUGCUCGACCAAGGAAUCCGUAUCAUCCAGGCAUCCAUCGACGUGAUGGCUGAGCUUGGUUAUCUACCUGCCUGUCAAAUGCUGAUGACGUUACUCCAAUGCAUCAAAUCCGCGCGCUGGCCCGAGGACCACCCCCUGUCUAUCUUGCCUGGUGUGCCCACCGAGACACCACCCACUGGUCUUCCUGGCACUCUGGUCUCGCUUUCCUCGCAGCCUACCAGUGCGCUUGCUGCCUUGGUUAAGAGACUCACGCUCCCAUUCAGCUUCACCCGUGCGGCUUCUCAGCUGCCUCAUCUAUCUGUCUCGAUUGCAACGGUCUCGGCUAAGGGUGUAACUGUUUCCAUGACACGACGUAACUCUCCAUCAAACCCUGACUGCAGGAUCUACGCACCCCGCUUCCCCAAGCCCCAAACCGAGGGAUUCUUCUUGAUCAUCUGCAGCGCUUUGCCGAAUGGUGCUGAUGGUGAAUUGCUCGGUCUCAAGCGUGUCUCAUGGCCACCAGUUGGCAAGCGCAAUGGCAAUGGCAAGGGCAGUUCGGGUGCUGGCUCUAGUCGUGCGUCUAACGACAAGGGUGGUCAAUUGACCGUCCGUUCUUCAGUCAAGUUCCCUGAAGGAGUUCUCGCAGAAUCGUCGGUCCCCACUUCUGAUACUGCCCGAGUGAACAUCAGGGUCAUCAGUGACUCCUAUGUCGGCAUGGCAUGGUCUGUGACGAACGUAGAGGUGAACUUGGAGCCAGGAAUGAAGACCCAGACUGUGGUUGAGUCGAGCGUUCCUUCAAAGGAGUAA